AUGGCGAAUACUCCCCACGGAGGUGUGCUCAAGGAUCUGGUCCAACGCGAUCUCCCCCUGCGUGCUCAGCUGCUCGAAGAGGCUCAAAAUCUUCCAGAGCUCAUCCUCACAGAGGCAAGCAUCUCUCAAACAUUUUGA